ACUGAAGGUCCCACUAAUGUGAUAUAAAAUGAUGAAACCCCAUUCUGCAUUCAUUCUUCCAACAUGAUUUGGCUUGCGACUAUCCUGUGCUGUUUCGGGCUGAUUGGUGCUGAGGUACCAUUCAACCACUAUGUGAGCAACCAGAGAGUCAUCGGGGGCAGUAAUGCCAAACCGAAUACCUGGAAAUGGCAGGCCUCGCUCCAGCUUGAUUCAUACAACGAAGGAUCUUUUAGUCACAUAUGUGGAGGCUCCAUCAUCGAUGCCUUUUACAUUUUGACGGCAGCUCACUGUAUCCUCAGUAUGGAUGCCAGUCAGUACCGCGUGGUAGUCGGAGAAUACAACCUCUUCGAGAAAGAUGGCAGUGAGCAGUUCAUCUCGGUUGAGAAGAUUCACGUCCACCCCGAGUGGACAGGCAACCUUGGCAUAGGAAAUGACAUUGCUCUCCUGAGGCUGUCUCAGGCUGUUUAUGAUAACGGAUUUGUCGCAAUCGGCAACCUGCCCAGGCCAGGUGAAAUGCUGCCACAUGACUUCACCUGUUUCAUCACCGGCUGGGGGAUCAUGGACUACGAAGCAUCAAGCAUCACGCCAGACAUCCUGCAGGUGGCCCCCAUCAAAGUGGUGGAGCACUCGGUUUGUUCCCAACCGGAGUGGUGGGGGAACAUCGCUCUGAGGAGCAUGGUGUGCGCCGGAGGGGAUGGAGUCAUCUCAGGCUGUCAGGGCGACUCUGGAGGACCUCUAAACUGCUUCACUGACGAUGAGUGGAGGGUCCAUGGGGUGGUCAGUUACGGUCCGUCAGGCAGGUGCAACCAAGUUUCCAAACCCACAGUCUUCACCCGAGUCUCUUCUUUCCAAGACUGGAUUUAUUCCGUUAUUGAUGGUGCAUAAGCAGCACACCUGGGGAGUCUACAGGGUAUCAAAUAAAAACUAUAUUUAAGAAAAAUGCUGCAUAUUUUGUCCACAACUGAUGUCUGUCUUCAUUUUGGGUUUCACAUGUUGAAUCACGGUCACUUUAUGCGAAUAAAGAAUUUUGAGAAGGCAUUCCAAUCAUAAAA